AAAAUCUGUAUUAACAUGAUACAAUUGGCAGUGGCUUUCUUGGCCAGCAACUAAAUAAGUAUGUUUUUUAUCAGGCGAACUUGAAACUGAACAGUUCAUUACUACGUUAGGUCCUGUUUCAUGUCUAGUUACUUCUUCAACAUGGAACUUUUUGCCAUCAUGUGAUAAUUCAAAUAUUUCCUUUAGAAAUGAGUCAAUAUUAAUAAGAACACUUUACUAUAAAUUGAUAUAGGUCAGGAAUACCUGGCAUGCAUUUGAAAAUAUUAUAACUACUUACAAAGCCAUUUGCGACCCCUGUUUUUGAAGAACCUCCGCCACCUCCAACUAAAACAUGUCUAUUUGUGAGCAUUUGUAAUGUAAACAACGGGAAAUUGAUACGAGCCAACACAUCGUCGAUAUUUCUUCGAUGUGGGGCCAUUUUUCUUAAUUUUCCUUCACUUUUUGACGAAAAAUUUUCGUAAACUUGAAAAGCUCCACGUAGAUAACCUCAAAAAUUGAAAAUGACAAUCAACAAAAUUUAAAAUUUAUCAACAGAAAAUAAGGUCAAGGUCAUGAGUGGACACUUGGGGUAUGUUCGAAAAUCACUGGCCGAUACCUAACGUGCACCCCGGUGCACCCGAAGAUACUCCAAUGAAAAAUACAAGAUUAUUAUUAUGUUCUAUAACUGUCUGGGUCUGGAGUAGUAUGCGUGGUUAAAAAUAAAGUCUGAACCUUAUUGGAAUUAUGGUUCUUAAUUCAGAAAUUCCGGUGUUCGGAUUGAAAUCACAAUCGAUUCAAGAACUGACAAAGCAAAAUAGUUGUAUUCCUUUCAAGAGUUUGAAACGUCUAUGGUUUGAAACACUCGAGCUACUCGCUCCGAGGUGAGUUUGGAAUGGUAGAAAGUGUCGACACUUUUUACACUAUUGACAAUAUGGCGUUCGUUAAUUGGUAGGAGUAAGUUUGGUGUACACUUUAUGUGCGUUUGAAAAUAAGGUGGUGUCCGAAUGGUGUGAAGAUAGUGGGACACCGUUUACCCGGUACAAAAUGAUGGUGUAUUUGGUGUUACACCGUCGAUUACACCUUUGUCACGUGAUAUAACACUGCACUACACGAACACCGCACUAACACUGCACUGAAAUCCUAUUCCGAACUCAACUCCGGUAUUUAGUAGCCCCCGAUUUGCGGGGAACAGAUUUGUGGUGCAAGAAACACUUUUCGAAAGGAAUAGGUGCGUGAAGCCCCGGAGCUGUUCCGGAGCUCCUCCUAGAUGUGAAAGGAAUACAACUUAAGAGUUCAGUUCUAUAAUAGUUCUAUAACAAACUGUAAACUACGCAGAAGUGUAUCCGCGUUGCUCGUGGAAUACUAAUAAUUGAUGAAAAUAGUGGAUCGUAUCGAGUAUAUUUCGGAACGCACCCCAAUAUCGAGCCAAAUUGCGCUGAUGCCGGAUGUCACGCAAGGUAAGCGGUGCAUAUGCAAAACGUAGAAAAACGUCAAAAGGUGUGUUUAUGAUGUAUGUGUCAUCAGUGUUUCUAAACAAUUUAACAAGAAUUUUUAUGUUUUCCUUUCCUUUACAAAAUCGCCUUUAUUCAUCCGGAAUUGUUGCUGACGUGCGAAUUAAACUAAUUAAAUACAGUCUAAGAUUCGAUAAGAUAGAAGAGAUUAGGGGGACAAUGUUUGGCUUGUAUUAUAAAAACAUACUAUGUUUACCAAACAUGUUUCUAGUGUAAGGUAAUAAGAACAUUGAUAAAUCCAACAAAAUGGGCUCACGAGAUUGCCGAUAUGGUAUUUUUAUUCGCAAUGCUAUGCUCAAAGAUACCAGCAAGACUCAGAACGCCAGAACGGUAUUUAUGGGGCAAAUAUGUAUCAUUGAGGGCAUCUUGAAACAUGGUAUCUUACAAGUACGCCUACUGAAAGAAGGAGACACUUGGGAAUCCAUGAUGUUCAUAACAACAUGCGAAAAUAUCGUUAGCGUAAUACAUGAAAAACUUUGGCAAUAUAUGGCUGCUAUAUCUUCCCCACAAGACAGGGUCAAGUUUGCAAAAAACAAGUACUUAUGUGAGAGGCUCAGCUUGGUCUGUAAAGACAUGGUUGUAGGCUUCACAGACUCCAACGAUGUUAAACUGGGAAAAGUUAAAUACAUGGGUCAUAUUAAAGGGAUUGGAUAUGGUUUUGGACUUGAAUUACAUGAGAAGCGAGCCUCUAACAAAUGUAACGGUUAUUGCGCCGGUAUCCAGUACUUUCAGUGUCUUCCAGGUCGUGGAUUGUUCACAACCAUAGAGAAAAUUCAACCAACUUUUACUAGUAAAGAACCGGAUAGGCCUAUUAUUGAUAAAUCACCUCCACAAAACCAUCUCACUGACUUGGACGUUUUGAUUAAAGAAAACAUGACUGAUUUGUUUACUAGAAAUAAAAGUUUAGAUAAGCCUCCCAGAGAGGAAAUAGUAACAAAAUAUGGUGAGUACUCAGAAAAAUUAUCCACUCUAGCUAAGAGCACUCAACUGAAUCAUAACAUGAGAAAUUCAGUAUCUUUGCAAAAUAUUCUCGAGGUAGACGGAGGCAGCAUCAACACCAACAAUGAUUUUGAUCAGAACACUAUUAUUCAGCCUGAUAGAAGUCAUCUAAUGAAUACUGAAAAAAUAAAGAACAAGUCAGAAGUGGAUUUACAUGAUCUUAUCGGCCAUCCUUGGGGUAAUUCAGAUGCUACUAAAGCAGAAAGUUACACAAACUUAAGGAAAAGUUUGGACAGAAAUGAUAAUAUUAAAGAAAAAUAUAGCCCACUACUGAAUAGAAACAGUACAAUAAGUUCCAAUGGUACCUUAAGUAAGAGCCCAAGAAUUAAAAGCAUAAUCCCCAUAAAUCAUUUGUUAGAAGGUACUGGUACAAUGAAAAAGAGCAAAUUUUAUACAUCAGAUGCAUCGUAUAUUGAGAAUAAUCUUGAAAAGACUGGUAGCAAAGUCAAUUCCAGGAAGAUAGAGAACGGCAAAAAAUAUCUUGAACCUUACAUUGCACCCAAAGAAACUAACCACGGGAAACCCACAGCUACCUUCUAUGUUCUAGAAAAAGAUAAAUAUAAGGAUCCUGCUCCUGGAACAACUAACGAUUUAGUUGUUGGAAGCUUGGUCGAGGUCGAGACUGAUGUUACAGAACAACCCCUUUACGGUGUUAUCCGGUGGAUUGGCUUCAACACUGAAACGAACUUCAUCUUGGUGGGCAUUGAGCUCGAGGAAGAAGUCCCAGCUGAUCUUCCUCUCACCCUCACUGAUGGUACGCACAAUGGCGAGCGUUUCUUCAAAUGUUUCACCGAUCGGGCCUUUUUUGUACCCUUGGAUAGGUGCCGGAAAGACCCCAGGUUCCAAGAUGGUGUGCCUACAACCCCGGUGCAUCAAGCGGUACCUAAUGAAGUGGUUGAAUGUCCUGUGAUUCCCGGAGCAGUAGCUCCUCUAUGUAUGCCUACGGAAGAAGAUGUACAAGCUGUUUGUGGAAAGUACCGAGGUAUUCAAGGGCACCACAAUUCGUGCUAUUUGGAUGUGACUUUGUUCUCUAUGUUUACAUAUUCAGCAGUUUUUGAUAGUCUAAUAUUUAGGCCCAAAAAUCAAGCUGAUAUUCCCGAUUAUGAAGAAGUUCAAAGGGUCUUGAGGGAGGAAAUAGUAAAUCCUCUUAGAAAAAACUUGUUUGUGAGUGCCGAUAAUGUUAUGAAACUAAGGAGAUUGUUGGACAGGCUAAGUUCGGUUUCUGGUUUAACUAGUGAAGAAAAGGAUCCAGAAGAGUUUUUAAAUUCGUUAUUAGCUCAAAUCCUGAAAGCCGAGCCAUUUUUAAAAUUAAAUUCAGGCCAAACGGCUUUCUAUUAUCAGUUAUUUGUCGAAAAAGACGCAGAAUUAAGCCUUCCAACGGUACAGCAACUUUUCGAGCAAAGCUUCUUAACGAGUAAUAUAAAAUUAAACGAAGUGCCAUCCUGCCUGAUCAUACAAAUGCCUAGGUUUGGAAAAAACUUUAAAAUGUAUCCUAGAAUUCUUCCUUCACAAUUGUUGGACGUCACUGACGUUAUUGAAGGAUCUCCUCGUCAAUGUAUCGUGUGUGGAAAAUUAGCGGAAUGGGAAUGCAAAGAAUGUUUUGCAGAGUGUUCGUCCGCGGCUGGGUUAGAGAGUACGGCUUUUUGUACCACUUGCCUUUUGACGGCGCACAAGCACGAAAGAAGGCAGAGGCACACGCCCGGAAAACUGAUGGUGAAUGAGGACUUUUUGGCUGUGCAGGAGCAUUAUAAGCCUCCGAGAUUAUUUAUGGAACUUUUUGCUGUGAUUUGUAUAGAAACUUCUCAUUAUGUAGCGUUUGUUAAGUGUGGUGUGGGUCACGAGGCACCUUGGUGUUUUUUUGAUUCUAUGGCUGAUAGGAAAGGUGAAAGAGAUGGUUACAAUAUUCCUGAAAUGGUAGCCUGUCCUGAUAUUUCGCAAUGGCUUUCAAAUGAAAUUGCUUGCAGGCAAUUACAUGAAGAAUUCCCAGUAGAUAGACAUUUGCCGGAACAUGCGAGAAGAUUACUUUGCGAUGCCUACAUAUGCAUGUAUCAGAGCCCUGACGGUAUGAUGUACAGAUAAACUACGGACUAAUUAAGCUAUUGGAUGUAUUAUACUAGUGAUAAUAAGAUUGAAGGCGUAGAGGUUAAUGGAAUUAUUUGCAAAACAGUUAAAAUUCUACAUAAACCUCAAUAAACAUCAAAAAGUGACUGACUAUUCCUAUUACAGUUGUUCAUAAAUUAUAUCCGGGAAGAUUUUCUAAUAAUACGAGUGAGAGAACGAAUUUGUACAGGGUAUCCUACUCAACAAUAACUUAAGUAACCUCAAAAGUAGAAUCAAGUCAAGUGUUUAGUUCUUAUUUCAAGUAGAUUUUUCUCUUCUUUUUUUGUUUAAUAAAAUUUGAGAAGAGACACAACAAACAUGACAAUUGAAUAGUAUUUAUUGUUUUCUAGAUGAAAUAACUAUUUAUUAAAAUCAUUACCUCUACUAAAUAAAAGUACAUAUUACUAAUUAUAGUAAAUUUUAAAAACACAAAACUAAUAUAGAAAAUUAUCUCUGUUGAAAAGUGUAAGUAUGUACUUGAAUUUUUUUCCAAAUUGAAAUUUUAAAGCGCCUAAAUGGGACGCCCUGUAUAUCAUGCAAUUUAGCUUUAGUACCGUUUAACGAUAUUGUGAUUUCUAUUUUUUAAGUGUAUUGGAACAUUAUCUUCGCUAUUAAUUAUUUUUUUUCUAAAGUAGAAAUAUGUAUUUCUUUGUAAUUUGCUCAGAAAUGGAGUUUUUCUCAUUUGGACUAUUUACCAUAGAUAGGAAAAUCCAAUACUGAGCAUUUUAUCAUAUUUAUGUAAAAAAAAUGCAAGACAAAAUUGGCUCAAAUUAUAAAGUGUUAAAAAAUGUAAAAUAAUGAUAAACAUUUUUACAGCAGAAAUUAAGUAUAACAAUGAAUAAUAACAUAUAGUGUUUAUAUAAUUUUGUUUUGCAUUAUAACAGUAACUGAUGAUUCCUUCAUAAAUUAAAACUUUGUACAUACAUACAUACUAUUUUUCACCAUAAAAUGCCUAGUAUUGCUAUUUUUUUGGCAUGUUAUUUUUGUUAGGAUGGAAGCUUUCCUAUCAUUCAUCACAUUUCAAGAUAUUCUAUUAUUGAAAAUUAGGUAGGUAUUAUAUUUAUUUGUUGAGAAUAUGCAGUAUUUACGUUGUUUAGGGUCUUAAUAUAGAAUGUGACAGUUAAGUUUCAUAGCUUUAAGAAAAAAUUCAAGAGAAUUAAAUUGCUUCUUUAAUAU